AGUGACUCUCCUGAAGCUCCUCUGGUGGUGGCAACCCCUAUGAAAGUGACUUCAUUCAGUAUUUCGAACAAGCAAUAGCAUUAGCAGUAUAUCACUGUUAUUGUCAGUGUUGGAUUCCAGUUAUCAGAUGAUUGUGAAGAUAAAUAGAGGUUGCAAGCUAGUUGGUUGUGGUUCUGCUGUACCCAAGCUGCAGAUCUCCAAUGAUGACCUUUCUGAAAUUGUUGAAACUUCGGAUGAAUGGAUAUCUACUCGAACUGGGAUUCACAAUCGGCGUGUCCUUUCAGGUGAGGAGAGCUUGGUAGGCUUAGCUGCCGAAGCAGCAAGGAAAGCUCUUCAGAUGGCCAACAUUGACCCUGAUGAUGUUGACCUUAUCUCGAUGUGCUCUUCUACACCAGAGGACCUCUUUGGUAGUGCUCCUCAGGACAGGGAAGACAUUACUUGCAAAAACAAUGGCAAGGCUGGUGAAUGUACCCUUUGUAAUUGCAGAUGCAUCCACAUUGACUCAGGAUGACUUUUUGGAUUUUUAGCUAUCGCGGAGUAUCUGUGUUUGUAUAGCCAAUGUGAUAAAGAUCAGGGAGAUCACUGUACUGAAAGGAGUUACACUUAAAAAUGCGCAGUGUCAGGCAUGAAGAGUAGAUGAAAAUCAGAUUAAAGAUAACAAGUUACUGUUUCAGACUAGGGUGUUGGCGAAAGAUGAUUGUGAGAUCGUUCAACACUGAAGGGAAGGUGUCUUUGAAGUUGUUGGUUUGUUU